AUGGCUUCUUACGUGAAGGGGGAGCGAGUGGAGGUCUGGAGCAACUCGCAGAAGGCGUGGUCCACAGAUGGCGUUGUUCUGGAGGCUCCUGACCGUGAUUGUGUUAUAGAUGGGUACGCCAUUCCUGCAGGUGCUGUCAAAGUCACAUCGUCUGCUGGAACCAAAUGGAUUUUGCCGGACCAAGUGCCAGACGUUCUCCGUAAGGCGCAGGGUGCUGAGCCGGAUCCGAGACCGGCCCCAGGCGCUGGGGCCGGUCCAUCAGCCACCAGAGCAGAUAGCAGGCCGGGAAUGUGUAAAAUGAGCUGCGGUCGCCCCGUGCAGCCGGGAUUGACGAGGGGCAUGAAGGCUUUUGAUACCUGCUGCAAAAAAUGUGCACAAGGCAAGGGGGGGCAUGACGAGAAUUGUGGAGGCACUUCCUCAUCUUCGGCCGCCCUCAUGCGGAAAGACACCGGUCUGGAGGACCCCAGGUCCUGGUUGAAACAGCUGCUCUCCUCGGAGGAGAUCCUCAAGAAGCACGUGAGCAAAGUGAUGGCAAGUUCCGGUGCUGGUGAUGCUGUCACUGCCGAGAAGGCAAAACAGGCGGUGUCACGCCAUUUGCUGGAACCAUUGGGCACUACUUUGCAGGUGGAUGACAAAGCCGCAGCACGGUGGGUUUCGGAGUAUGGGACUUCAGGUGUUAUGGACCUGACAGCCUUCACGAAACUUGCACGAGCUCUGAUACAGGAUCGGCUGCAGAUCUGGUUUCCGGAGAAGCUGCCUGCACAGAUCCACAACUUCGUGCGCAAGAAUCCGAGCUCCAAAGUGGAGUCUGUCUACGACGUUGGAAAGCUUCUAGGAGAAGGUAGCUUCGGCAAAGUCUACAACGUCCAGCAUCGAGUCUCCGGGGAAUCGAGAGUCUGCAAGAAGAUUGCGAAGCUCAAAGGGAGACACGGGAUGAAGGUGGAAGAGAUUUUGCAGGAGAUUGAAAGCAUGGCAAUGCUAGAUCACCCCAAUGUCAUCAAGGUCUAUGAAUACUUUGAAGACAAAGACAGUGUUUCGCAGAUCAUGGAGCCUUGCUGCGGAGGUGAGCUUCAGGAUCGAAUUAAUGAGGUCUUCCAGAAAGGGCAGCCACGAUAUCCUGAGAGUUUUGUGUGCGACGUGAUGAAGCAAACCUUGAGGGCCUUGGCCUUCAUGCACAGCCACAAUUUCAUGCACAAGGACUUGAAGCCGCAAAACAUCAUGUUGGUGAGCAAAGACGCCUCAUCAAUCAAAGUUAUUGAUUUUGGCUUGGCAGAACUCUUCGAGCCAGACCAGAAGCAUUCGGAUGCCUUUGGCGGAACUUUGCUGUACAUGGCACCAGAGGUUUUCAAUCUGAAGCUGGAAUUCAAGUCCGACAUUUGGAGUGCUGGCGUUAUUCUGUACAACCUUUUGACAGGCGACUAUCCUUUCAUGGCCACUUGGCCACUUCCAAAAGGGAAGACCAUGGAGUGGUGGCAGAAUGAACUAACUCGGUCUAUCAAAGAGGAUCACUUCCGAGACAACAAGCUACUUCACAGCGCUUGGUCUCCCGAAAGUGUUGAUUUGUUGCGACUCACCUUGGAGAAGGAUGUUGGCAAGAGACCAGGAGCAGCAGGGUGCUUGGAGCAACGUUGGUUCAAGACACACGAGGCCGCCCCGCCACCGCUGUCGGUUGGUGUGACCCAAUGUCUUGAGGCCUAUGCCAGCCAGCCAGAAAUGAAGAAGGCAAUAUUCUUGCUCAUUGCGCACAUGUGCACUGCGCCAGCGCUGCAGGAGUUGCGCGCGAUCUUUACCCACUUUGAUGUCCUCAACAGGGGUGCUCUGUCACUCUCCCACUUCAGGGAGGUGCUGUUCCAAGCUGGCAUGGCAGCUCUACAGGUGGAGCAAAUCACGCACGCCUUGGAUCAGGACGCCAGUGGCAUGGUCACGUGGACAGAGUUCAUCGCUGCAGCAUUGUGCGUCAGCGUGUGUAGAAACAGGCGAUUGGUCGAAGCUGCUUUUGCUGUUUUUGACAAAGACAUGGAUGGCAAGGUUUCGAUGGAGGACUUUGCGGAGUACUUUGCACUCGGCGACGUUAGAGAUGUUUGGCUGAGGCAUUUGCCUGCGGAGCUUAAGCUGAUUGGAGAGAAAGGACCUGAUGGAAAGUACACAAAGGAACAGUUCGUUGAAUAUGUGGGGAAGCGUAUGGUGGUAACAUCUGGCGACGCCCUCAAAGCAGUUACCUAA